AUGGCAACAGAGUUUGAUAUAGAUAAAAUAAUAUCUAAAUUAAUAUCUGUUCGAACAAAGAAUAAUAAAAUUGUGAAUUUAACUGAAGAAGAACUAGAAGGAUUGAUCCAAAGAGUUCAGAAUAUCUUUGAAUCACAGCCAAUUCUACUGGAGAUAAAAACACCAAUAAAUAUUUGUGGGGAUAUUCACGGACAGUACUCAGAUUUAUUAUCUUUGUUUGAAUUUGGAUAUUAUCCACCGAAAUCAAACUACUUAUUCCUUGGAGAUUAUGUUGAUAGAGGAAAACAAAGUCUUGAAUGUAUAGCACUCUUAUUUGCUUACAAAAUUAAAUAUCCAGAAAAUUUCUUUUUGCUAAGAGGAAAUCAUGAAUCAGAAGAAAUUAAUAGAAUUUAUGGAUUCUAUGACGAGUGUAAAAGAAGGUAUAAUAUUAGACUGUGGAAAAAAUUUUGUGAAGCAUUUAAUUGGAUGCCAGUAUGUGCAUUGGUUGGGGAAAGGAUUUUCUGUAUGCAUGGUGGUAUAUCACCUGAUUUCGCAUCUAUGGAUCAUAUUAGAAAUAUUUCAAGACCAACUGGUAUCACUGAUCAAGGACUGUUAUGUGAUUUACUAUGGAGUGACCCAGACAAACAAAUUACUGGUUGGGGCACAAAUGACAGAGGUGUCUCUGUGACAUUUGGUGCAGAUAAAGUAAAAGAAUUCUUAGAAAAGUUUAAUCUUGAUAUUAUAGUUAGAGCACAUCAGGUUGUUGAGGAUGGAUAUGAAUUUUUUGGUGAAAAAGAUCUUGUAACUGUCUUUAGUGCACCAAAUUACUGUGGUGAAUUUACAAACAGUGGUGCAAUAUUAACCGUUGAAGAAGGACUUCAUUGCUCUUUUAAAGUUCUUAAACCUACAAAUAGUAGUGAGUAUUCACUCGAUAAGAUUAAAAGAUAA